AUGCCGGCGUCAAACCCGGCUCACUCCCUUCCGGUGAACGUUGCCGCGCAGCUUAAGCUGUCAUCCGACGACCCCGUCCCGCGCCAGCCGUACAAAAGGGCUGACCUACUACUGCCAAGCCUGUUUGAUGGCGUCCGUAAAGUCGAGCCCCAUCCGUCUCCCCAUCCUACUGCUACUGCUGCUCCUCCUCGCAGUGUUGUGCUCUGCGGUGAUGUGCUGUGCGGUGAUGUGCUGUGCUGUGAUGUGCUGUGCGGUGUUGUGCAGUACGGUGUUGUGGUGUGCGGUGCUGUGCUGUGCGGUAAUGUGCUGUGUGGUGUCGUGCUGUGCGGUGUUGUGCUGUGCGGUGUUGUGCUGUGCUGUGCGGUGUUGUGCUGUGCGAUGAUGCGCUGGCGCCGAAACGGUGGUGGUUGGGUGGAGGUUCCGGUGCUGGGAUGGGAUUCCAUUGAUGCCAAGACGGUGGUAGUGGGGUGGAGGUUCAAGCGCUGGGAUGCGAGUGUGAAGACGUGGUGCCCACCCCGUCUCAGCUAUGGUGACACAGCUGUGUUCCAAUGGAAUGACUGGCGGCGCAAGCACAACGUGGUGGCUAUUGGCUCCGUGGGCUAG